GGCUACAGUAGGAGUAUUGAUGCCAGUGUCGGAUCGGAAAAGAAGCAGAAGAAGGGAAGAUGGCGAGAGGUGGCCGGAGCCUGCGGAGAGUAGUGGAAUGUUUCAGAGGGUUACCGACCUCCGCCAGCCGGGACACAACGGGCAGGAGCACCGUCAGGUACCUGUCGUCCUGCGGGAUCCUGAUGACCCGGGCUCGUCCUCUGAUCGGUGCCGUCGGGUCGGCUCGGUCCGUGGUGCUCCCGGCUCGGAGCUUCUUCAACCUGGCCGACUCCUUCUCCAAGAGGAAGGAGUACUCAGAGAGACGCAUCAUCGGGUAUUCCAUGCAGGAGAUCUAUGACGUGGUGGCCAGCGUGGAGAACUACCGGCUCUUCGUUCCCUGGUGUAAGAAGUCUGACGUGGUCUUCAGAAGAGCUGGAUUCUGCAAGGCCAAGCUGACCGUGGGCUUCCCCCCAGUGGUGGAGAACUACACCUCCCUGGUCACCACGGUGCGCCCCCACAUGGUCAAGGCUUCCUGUUCAGAGGGGAAGCUCUUCAACCAUCUGGAGACCGUCUGGCGGUUCAGCCCUGGACUUCCUGGCUACCCUCGGACCUGCACCGUGGACUUCUCUAUCUCCUUCGAGUUCCGCUCUCUGCUCCACUCCCAGCUGGCUCACGUCUUCUUUGACGAGGUGGUCAAGCAGAUGGUGUCGGCGUUUGAGCGCCAGGCCUCCAAGGUCCACGGAGCUGAAACGGCCAUCCCCCGAGAGCUGAUGUUCCACGAGGUCCACCACACGUAGCGACCAGCUAACGAUGCUAACGACACUAAGGAGAAGAGAUUAACACGUUCAGUGCCUUCCUCACUACCAUCACCAUGUUCUACCCUCUGGUUCCUCUGGUUCUCCAUCAGAACCUCAGGCUGAAACCAGACGACAUGUCUGCAACAUCUGCGGUUCUCCGCCACAUUUAUCUCCAGCUACCAUGUUCAGGUUUGAUCAAAGAGGCCACAGAUCCUCCUGGAACCAGAGAACCUUCUAGAAAUGACAGAACAUCCCAACAAACCAAACCUUCUGCUGGAUCAUCUCCUGGACACUUCAACCUGGAGGUGUUUAAUAUUCAUGAAACAUUUCUGGUUCCAGGUUCUCCACCAUCUGGAUUCACUGCUUCUCUUAUCAAAUCUGACUGAAACUGAACAUUUGAGGGUUUGGGAUUAAAUCUAGAUGUUCCACUGAGACAACAGGACACAGAUCUUCAUAGAGAACCUAAACUCAUCCCUUCUCAUGUUGAAGGUUCUACCAGAUCAGGAUGUCUUCUGUUGACUGGAGCAUUUGAUUUUAUUCUGGAGAAUUAAAAACUAGUUUAAAGGGAAGCAGCUUCCUGUUUGGAAGCAGAGAAUCAGAACACAACCUUAAACAAAACAGUGUUAGCAGAGAGAACAAGGUGAGCAGAGAACCCACAGAACCUGUGGAAGGUUUGAGAGAACGCUAACAGGAUGUGACCUCAGCAGGAAGUAGUCAGAACCAAUCAGCUCCUGAAACAUCAUCAAUACAAAACUCAGCUUCAUGGCAAUGAUUUAAUCUAAACAGGACGCUAGUUUCUGCUCCACCACGUUAGCCACUACAUUAGCUCACCUAGCUAUGGCUAGCUGCUACGCCAUCAUGAUAUUGUUUCCUACUUUAGCCAAACCAGAUUAAAUCAGCUGCAACAUUUAAACAGAUCAACCUCAGCCGCUCUGGUAAGCUAGUUUUAUGAUCAGUGGUGUAAAUGAUGACAAACUUCUUCUCUAGUUUAGUGGUAGAUGUGUGUUAGCGGUAUACUGCCCCCUGUAGGUUGGGAGUAUAAAAGCCAGACGUGUUGUCUCUCAUUGAUUCCGGGCGUCUCAUUUCCACGUUUGUGUGGAAAGCAUAGCCCAGGCUUUAGCCUUAACAAGCUAACAUUAACUUUUACACCAGCCAAAACAAUGUAGCAUUAGCUAUGAAUUAGCCUGAACAAGUUAACAUUAGGUGCUUUGUUAGCAAGGACAAAAUAAAGCUAAUCAUUGCAUUAACCUGAACAACAUAAUGUUGGCUGCUACAUUAGCUUAUAACAAUGCUAGCCACCGCGAUGGCCUCAUAAGAAAAACUUGGCAUCUACUUUAGCAUAAACAAGAUAACAUAAGCUGCCAUGUCAGCCUAAACUAGCUCAUGUUUGCUGCUAGCGCUAGCUGUUAGUGUAAAUAAGAUCGUGUUAGUCGCUACAUUAGCCUAAACAAGCUAAUGCUAGACUGAACAUUAACCUGAAGCAUGUUGAUCCGUUCACAGUAAAACAAGACGUUUAAUAGUUCAAAAAACCAAACCCACGUGAAUAAAGCAGCUCCAAACUAAAUAAAUCUGUCCUAUAAAAGCUCCAGACGUCCUUCCUGCUAGGUGGUUGUUCCGACAUGUUGAUCUAAAACUAGCUGAGUCUGUAUUUAGCUGAUGUUUCCUGCUCUGAAUGCUGCAGAUGGUCCUACUAACUGUACUGUAGAACACCAGAACAUGGAGUCUAACAUCCUCUCAGUGUUACCAGGAGAGCCAUGCUGGACUACAGGUCUACAGCUGGAGGUGUUUUAAUGUUCUACGUUUGUAAUAUCAGCUGUAGUGUUAUUUUACAGGAAGUCUGUUGGAAUGUUUGUGAUUUUAGGGCCCAAAUUGGCAGAAACCGGAGCUCAUGUUCAUCAGACCGGUCCAGAUCGUCUGUUAGUAGAAACAUCUCAGCAGCUGGUUGGGUUCCAGCUGUCUGAUAAAUGUGAGCUCUACUCUGAUCUGUCAUCCUGAAGGUGCUUCAGUGACCUGAAACCUUCCUGUUUUCACCGAGUGCCUCCUGGCCGCUGCCACUCUAUUUAUCUUGACUUUUAAAGGAACAUUUUACUCAUUUUAUCAUAUUUAUUUCUUAGUUUGAGUGCACACACUUUAACAGCCUCUAAGCAGAGUUUAUUCAUUCAGACCAAUGAUAAACGCCGUCAUCGUCUGCAUGGAGGCGGAGUCUCUGCUGAAGUGAUGAGUGAAAAUACCAGCUGUAAACUGCUUCUAGUGAGGGAAAGGAUUUGUGUUUUGUGGGACGUGGAAAAGGUUUGUGUAAAUGUCUGCAGAACGUUGUACCGACUGCAUGGUUUAUAAAAUAGUUUUUCUAAAAAACAAA